AAUGUCAUUGCUGAUUGUCUGUCCCGAUGUUAAGAAUUGUUAUAUGAUUGAUGACCUGAUGAUUGAUAGACUUGUCUGAAAAUUUUGAUCUAUACGAUCAAAUAUUUUCCCUUUUAAGGGGGAAGGUGUGAUGUACAAGCAUUUAUAUUGUAUUUCUUCUUUCACUGUAUCUUUGUUUUCUUUGAUUAUAUAUGUUAUUUUGUCAUGUGAUCGAUGGGUGUUGGUUGGGACACUGUUUGAUUAAAACUUUUAGUUUGACGCAUUAAGAGGUCAACGGGGUUCAAAAGAGGAUAUAGAAUUCCCGGAAAGGUCGUGACGGGCAGAGUGAGACGGUCGGUGUUUGGGCCAGAUGCUUGGGAGAGAGUGAGACGGUCGGUGUUUGGGCCAGAUGCUUGGGAGAGACGCGAGACGGUCGGCGUUUGUAACACAUGCCUGAGAGACGCGGAGACGCUCAACGUUUUGGGCCACAGGCCUUUGAGUCACGGAGCCUGCGGCGUUUCAGUGACGCCGGUUUUUCCUUUCACAUACGGACCGUCGGAGUUUCAAGGUGCGCUCAUACAGACCGUGAGAGUUUUGGUUUUGUUUUGUUUUGUUUAUGCCGCGGUCCAACGGACAGAGUUCAGUGCCACACGGAUUACAACGUGCUUUUCCUUGAAUGGACAUACUAUCGCAAACAGACGAUCGAAAUGGACACUGGACAAUGGCACAUUGGGUGGUCUGUAUUAGUUUAGGUAUGCAUGGAAAAUUGUUGAGAUUUUGUUUGUUUUGAAAAUAGAACUGCUGAAAAGAUACAUUUGAGUUGAUCCGUUAUUUUGCUGGCAACAUACAUAAGGAAUAUACGUAACACUACACACUGACUACCCUAGUACUACACACUGACUACCCUACACUACACACUGACUACACAACACUACACUACACACUGACUGUGUACUACACACUGACUACCCUACACUACACACUGACUACACAACACUACACUACACACUGACACACUUGGCCUGCAGCAUUCUAUUCUAAGAAAAGAGAAGUGAAACCUUCAUGCCUGUCACUCCAACAACUAACAGCCAUAGAAACAUAGCAUGAGAUCUAUGAUGACGAAUCAGCUACUAGUCUAUGAAAAAGAAAGUACUGACAUGAAAUACAUGCAUUUGCAUUGCGAGAAGAGAUCGUCAAGACCAACAAUGUGGAGUUUUGCACUCAUCCUGAUAGGUUGCUUGCUAACAAUUCCAGCCUUAACAAGUGCUACGCAAAUCAGGGUGGUCAAUGGGGACAACAGCUGUUCUGGAAGAGUUGAGAUCUACCAUGAUGGUACAUGGGGAACCGUUUGUGAUGAUUCCUGGGAUCUCAGUGAUGCUGAAGUGGUAUGCAGGCAGCUGGGGUGUGGAAAAGCAGUCAGUGCCCAUGAAAAAGCCUACUUUGGUCAGGGAAGUGGGAAGACCUGGUUGGAUGAUGUUGGAUGCUCUGGUACUGAAAGCUCUAUCACACAGUGCAAACACAGUGGAUUUGGAAUUGAAGAUUGUUCUGCCAGUGAAGAUGCAGGUGUAGUAUGUUCAGGUGAUACGCGAAUCCGGGUGGUCAAUGGGGACAACAGCUGCUCUGGAAGAGUUGAGAUCUACCAUAAUGGUACAUGGGGAACCAUUUGUGAUGAUUCCUGGGACAUGAAUGAUGCUGAAGUGGUGUGCAGACAGCUGGGGUGUGGAAAAGCAGUCAGUGCCCCUGAAAAAGCCUACUUUGGUGAGGGAAGUGGGAAGACCUGGCUGGAUGAUGUUCAGUGCUCUGGUACCGAGAGCUCUAUCACACAGUGCUCACACAGAGGAUUUGGAAUUGAAGAUUGUGGUGCUAGUGAAGAUGCAGGAGUGGUCUGUUCAGGGAAUAUGAAGACGCCAUCACUUGUCCUCCUUACUACAAACACAGCUCUUUUACCUGGGGAGUCGGCAGAGUUCAGAUGUGCCAUAACAUCACAUAGACCGGUGACUGCAAACUUCCGACUGUAUAGAAACCAAGACCAAGAGAGCGAGACCAAGACAGCAGACCAGAAGAUGAUGACGUUCAGUCUUUCUAGUCUGGUUUCCUCAGACCAGGGCAGCUACACCUGUGAUUACUAUUACCAGGGGGCACUCACUGUCAGCUCCCCCAAGAGCAAUGCAAUCACAAUUACAAUUGUUUCUCUCGUUAGGCCCCAGAUAUCCGCACCUGCAGGAGAAGUUACCUGGGGUCAAUCAUUAGGCAUUACCUGCUCAAUCUCAACACAGCACACAGGAGGAUCAUUUACUCUGAAAAAAGGAUCUUUUACAGAAAUGAAGAGCACCAGUGAAAACUCUGUCACCUUCACCAUUCAUCACGCAGACUUUUCUCAUGAGGGCUCAUACUACUGUCAGUAUCAGACAACAGUCUCAAACAGAAAAUUCACCUCCCCUCAAAGCAACACCAUUAGUGUUUCUGUUGUAGUGAGGCUGCAUCUACCUGGUAUCAACUGCACUGCUCCAGAGGGAGGGCUGUCCUGGGGACCUUCAGGGCUGGAGAUAACUAAGGGCUACAGCUUCUCUAUCACCUGUUCCACUCAACCACAGUUCCCUGGUGGAGUUUUCCAUCUGAGUUUCUCUGGAUCCAACAGCCCCUUGACUCAGCCUGCCACCAACCACUCAGCUUCCUUCUACUUUCCAGCUGCAAACUAUUCCCACCAGGGUAACUACAGCUGUGUGUAUCGUGUGGAUGUAUCAUCUCGGCACUUCUACUCCAUGGAGACAGAGAAGCUAACAGUCACCAUCAGAGAAUUCAUGGUGCCUUUCAUUGCUGCUGGAGUCACAUGUGGUGUCGUAUUGCUUCUGUUGUUUGGCUUGGUCUGCAUCUUUUGGGCUUGGAGGAAACAGACCAACACAAGGCAGACAACUUGGAAGUACACUAGAGGACAAUCUAAGUUGAACACAUAUGGGAACACCACAUUAGAUCAGAAUGAACAGGGGAAAGGUGAGGACGAUGACUAUGAAAACGUAGAAAUGGAAGAUCAAGAUGACUGUAAAGAUGAAGACCAGGAUGACUAUGAAAACGUAGAAAUGGAAGAUCAAGAUGACUGGGAAGAUGAAGACCAGGAUGACUAUGAAAAUGUAGAAAUGGAAGAUCAAGCUGACUGUGAAGAUGAAGACCAGGAUGACUAUGAAAUUGUAGAGGACUAUAUGGAGGAGCUUGACACAGGACAUGAGUUUGAGAAUAUUUAUGGUAACUGUUAAUAGCACAACAGCCUAUUCGAUGUAAUUCAUCAGCAAUGCAAACAUUUUCUAAUUUUACACCAUCUCAUGUUUUGUGUACUUUGAAGUAAAAGUGUAGUCAGUUCCUGAAAUUUUAAAUAAAUGUGUGGUUAGAAUAUGCAGUUUCAAAUGAUACACUGACUGAUUUUGUAUUCAACUUUUGCUAAUUCAUAAAGGUCUGGCUUGUGUGGAAUAUUUCUUGAUUUAUCUUCAUUUAUGUUGUGUGUACAAUACAUCUAACAUAUUUUCAUGGCCAUACAGUCCGUGCACCAGUGCUUCUAAAGCCUUUAUGUAGGAGACUCCUUCUGUUAAAUGCUUUCUCAGCCAGUGUGGCUUUUCUGGAACUCACACAAUCCUUCACCUCUGCAAUCAACAUGUUCUCUACCAUUUCCUGUAAUAUUAAAUGUAUAAAAGAGAUAUUUACAUUAGUUUCAAUAUCAUUCAUUUUAGGCUCAAAUAAACAAUGUUCAUAUA